CACUCGUAGAGAAGAAUAGAAAAAAAACUUGCCGGGAUCUUGGCAACGAAACACCUGAAAAUUUAUCUCGUUAUAAACAAAGUAUACUGCGUAAUAGUUAUUUUUAAUUCGUUAUCGCAACCGGCCAUCGUUUAUGCUGUGCUAAGCGCAUCUCGCCAUCACAACAAAAAAUGUCGACGAAAGAUUUUAACAUCUCGCGGGACGAGUUCCGCAACAUCACCCGCUGUUUGGACAACGAGGAGUUCCGGAACCUGUUCAUGGAGUAUUGCACCGAGCUGCGGGACAACCGGAAACAGUACGAGGACGAGCUGUCCAUGCUGGAGGCGCAGCGGGGAUACGACGUAAAGUUUCUCAAGCCUUCGCCGGGUUACGUAAUCAAAACAAUCGUCGACGGCAAGGGCAAGGGGUUCAUCAACGUGUGCCAGUCCGAGCUGGUGCAGAAACCGACCAGCACCACCGGACUGAAUGAGGACGGCACCAAGGGGCUGAAAUGGAGCGUCCCGUACGCCCAGACGCAGCCGCGGAAGGAUUACGACAACAAGCGCGUCGAGUGCACCGUGUACGACGUGAUGUUUCAUCCGGACGCGCUGCACCUGGCGUCGAAGAAUGAGGGCUUCCGCAAGCUGCUGAACGAUACGUCACUCGAUGCGGUCGAGCAGUCGUUCAAAGUGAGGCUGGACCGGGCGAACCUUCGCUUCCCGAAGCUACAGUACAAGGGCACGCCCAGCUCGUCGGUGGUGCGGGAAAAGUUGCCCCACUGUGAUAGUCUGCCGAAGGAUGAGCUGUUCGACAAAUUGCUGCCACCGCUGCCGAACGUGCCUGCGCCCGGUUAUACGGGCAGCGAGCGAACGACGAAAACUAAAAACAAAGAAAACAUUAACCGAACGGCAGCGGUGGCGGCGGCGGCUGCGUCGCCCGGAAACCCGUUCUACACUACACCGGAAUACAAAAUCGUCCAGUGCCGCGACGUGGAGUACGGCGAAAUGACCAACGAGCUGGAUGCGAAAAUCGAUGUAACAAUUCCGCGGGAGCUGAAGGUAGUCAUCACGCUGCCACUGCUCAAGUCGACCGCCGAGUGUGCGCUGGACGUCACCAAGACAACGUUGCAUCUGGUGAGCGAAAAGCCGGCCAGGUACAAGCUGGAGCUUAAGCUGCCCUACGAGGUGAAGGAAAGCGAAGGCAAGGCCACCUUCAACGUGGAGGCGCGGUCGCUUACCGUAACGCUGCCGGUGCUGCGCAAGCGAAACAUCACCCUGCAGGACAUUAACAGUGCGAACGUGUCGGCAUCGCCCGCCAAAGAAGCGGGCAAACUGAUCGAAGAGAUCGGCACCAUCAUUCCACCGGCCGGCGGCGACCAACAGCUGGCCCGAGCGGCAUCCGCACCGUCCGCGCCGGAAGUACCGAAGAAAACAAUUUUCCCCAAAUUUUCCGUAAACAAAAUGGAAAACCUGCUCGCAUUCACACUCAACGUGCGUAAUGUCGACCCGAGCACGAUCCAGCUGGACAACCGGACGGAUUCGGUGCACUGUCGCUUUUCCAACGUGGGUAAUGGAUAUUUCCCCUGCUACUACGUGUUCUUCGUGCGCUUCCCGAACGCGCUAGUGACGGACGUGCAGCACGAGGAGUGGGAUAACAAUCUGAUUAUUCAGAUCACGCUCAACACGGCCAGCGUGUCCUCCUACCAGGCUGGCCCGGACGAGCACGAAACCGUGGAGUACUCGAUCAUGGAAGACAUUGCGGACAAGAUCAAUAAAUUCGGGAAGGAAAUCGAGGACGACAGCCUGUGCAUAGCGGUGGUGCGGCAGGCAACGAAAGCCUCGGCGAAGGUGAAGGCCGAUGCGCUGAUGAGCAUCGAGAUUACCAAGCGCGAGGAACACGGGGAACCGGUGCUGCAGGCAGUGAGCGAAGGAAGGGAUUCGGAAAAGGAGCGGGAAACAUCAUCACACCCGGAAGCAUUCUCAGCCACGUCCGCCGAAGAGUGCGAUGAAAAGGAUGGUUCUGAGGCGGAGAAGGCCAGAACGCUGCAGAAGGCGAAGCGAAACUCUCGCAAGAAGAAGAAGGAACGCUCACUGUCCGAUUCAUUCUGCGACCAUUUGAAGGUGAUCGUGGAAAACGAGGCCAGCACGGAAGUGGCGGGAGAGGGGGCCGCCAUACAGCCAUCGGCCAAACCAAUCGACAGCCCGGAAGCGAAGGCAAGAAAGGCUCGCAGCAUAUCGGAGUGCUGCCCACCGAAGGAAUCGGAUGGCGGCGAAGAGGCGUCAACGAUGCCGACGCUCACGCGCAAAUACAAAAGUAUCCUGAAGCGAAGCUCGUACGAUCGUAGCAUCAGCGAAUGUUCGUCCGUAGAUGAUUUGGGCACCUCGGUGGAGAUGGCCAGAUCGAUUGGGGAAGAGUGCCGAAAGACGGUGCGAUUCAACAACUCAAUACGCAAGCAACUGUUCAGAUCAAACUCUUGCAUUCUCACGAUGAAAAAGAAGGCUCUAAAGCGAAGGGAGGUGAAGCGCAGGGCGGAUGCACGACGAAUGAGCGAAGGGGAAAGCACCGAUAACGACGAGAAAGAUGCGCACCAUCACGACGAUGAGCAUUGUUCCAGCAGCGAUCAGCACGACGAGAAAGAUGCAAUCGAGGAUGAUAGCGGCGUUUCGUUCGAUUCGGAGUCUGGCGAUAAGGAAAUUGCCGCAGCCAUGAAAGCGGAAGCCAUCGGUGGCGGGGGCCGCGGAAAAGCCGCUUCAAAGCGGAAAAACAGCAACAAGCAAGGAGGCGCAAAGUCAAAUGGUGGCAAGAAACAGGGCACGGAUGCGAAGAACAUUCAGUUCAAAAGUGAUAUGAUUUUCGAUAUCGAAAUUUAAAGCAACGUGAAUUUUGGGGGCGUUUCUAGUGUUAGCCCAUAUUAUACAUUACUCUCCCCCUCACUUUACUUAUUACGUUAUACUUUAAAUCGAUGCGUCUCAGCGUUGAGGUAGACUGGUAAAAAACACGAGUAGAGUAGCAUUAUUUUCAAUAAACAAAACACCUAUGUAUUGCA